GUCUCUACUCCGUCAGCACCAGAAUCAGCGCAGCGACGCUACCGACGCGCUCGUGCCCCGGUGCUCUGUUCCAGUCAUGAUGCUGUGGGUUUUAAUUCUCCCGGCUCUGACCGCCGCUGCUGUCCCGCGCUCCUGCGGGCCCUGUGAGCCGAGCUCGUGCGCCGCGCUGCCGGCUGCGGGAUGCGCGUUCCGGGUGAUGGACGCGUGCGGCUGCUGCGAGCUGUGCGCCGCCGGACCGGGAGAGCCGUGCGGGGUGCGCGGUGCCACGGUCACACGGUGCGCGCCCGGUCUCGAGUGCGUUAAAGCCCUGGAGGACAAGAACAAGCUGAAGAAGAAGAAGACCGAGCCGGGCGUGUGCGUGUGCAAGAACGGCGACUUCGAGGUGUGCGGCUCGGACGGGGUGGAGUACAGGAGCGUGUGCGCGCUGAGAGCCGCGAGCGCGUCCGCCGAGCGUCAGCACAAAGCCGGCAUUAAAGUCCGCAACAAGGGCAAAUGUGCCAGAGCUCCUGUGAUCGUUACGGGUCCGGGUCAGGUCUGGAACGUCACCGGUGCUCAGGUCUUCCUCAGCUGCGAGGCCAUCGGCGUCCCCACACCGGUGCUCAGCUGGAGGAAGGUCAUGGACAAUAAGAAGUUCUCUCAGAUGCUCCCCGGAGACCAAGACAACCUCGCCGUCCAGGUGCGAGGAGGCCCCGAGAAGCACGAGGUCACCGGAUGGGUGCUGAUCUUCCCUCUGACCAAGGAUGUAGCGGGCACGUACGAGUGUCACGUCAGCAACGCCAAGGGUGAAGCCUCAGCCACGGGCGCCAUCCAUGUGGUCGACUCCAUCAAUGACAUUCCCUCCAAAAAGGAGGUCCAGGAUGAUGAGCUGUAAGAAGGGCGUGUGUUGAUGCCACCAACUGCAAGAUCAGGACUGGGAUCGGACAGAGAUCAUCUACACACUACUGUAUAACACACACACACACCCACACACACACACACACACACCUGUGACAUUGCACAUUAAAAUCACCCAGGUUAGACGUGACUAUCCUCUAAAAUUUAUCUGCAUUCUGACAUCUCUCUCACACACACACACACACACACACACACAUAUCCUGUUUUAUCCAUAUCCUUUUCUCAGUAACUUCUGACACACUAAUCAGGAGAUUGCAAUCGAGAGAGAUAAAUCUCCGAGCUCGUGUCCUCUUGUUCCUAGUUAUUAGAUAAAAUCUAUUUGUGUUUCUGUUGUCUUCGAGUACAUCGUGUGCUCGCAACAGCUAAGUGUUUUGGAGACCAGGAGCUCCAGUGAUAUUAUCCAAAGUAAGAAUGCGACACGGUGUGUAACACUAAUGUCUACCAAGUUUUGUGUUACUUAACGUUUGGAAAGCUGUAUGUGCAAAAAGCCAGAGUGUGAAAGUUGUUUUUGGAGUCAUUCUGAUGACUCUGAUGAUAUAUAUAUAUAUAUAUAUAUAUAUCUAGAGAGAGAGAGAGAGAGAGAGAGAUGGUUCUAAAGCUACAUUUUUUUUAUGAAACAUUUAAAUAUAAUUUUCCACACAAUUAUGAUCAACUAAUGCACUUGUUUAAAUGUCAUAUUUUCACGUACGAAUAAAGAGUUUAUGAAGUGA